AUGACACGUCUAUGCCUUCUGUUCCUAGCUUUAUUGUCAUAUCGAGAUGUCAUUGCACCAAACACGGAAAUCUUCAAGGCUCCAAUUAACCCAGGCAGAGAAACUUUAUCCGAAGGUCGUAAUUCCAAGUUCGCCGUUGGUCGGGGCCCAUCAUCUGAUGUCAAGACAUCUGUUUUGAAUUCCAAUUGGUCAGAGGGAGGUCCUAGGAAAAAUAUCGUGCCACUCGAACUAGAUGAUUUCGCAAGUAAAGGGUUACAGCAUCCCGAAUUUCCAGGUGCCCAUUUGGACGAGUAUAUGCAAACUACCGCUCCUAAGGUAAUAACUAUCAGCCGCCCCAAUAAGAUUGCUUGUCCCCACAACUCGGUGCCUGCCUACAGUUAUCAUCAUGGCCAACGCGGGGUCACCACCGUUUGGAUGUAUGAAGGGUUCGUUCCUAUCGACUCCGAGGCCUAUCUGGAUUACACAAAACGCUUAAGGCAGCACCAGGCCUUGCAUGAUUAUCAACCAGCGAAAAAAGAUGGAAUAACACUCCCGUCAAAGGAAGAAUUCAAUAACUAUGUCCAUAAAGUAGCACAAGGGUUGGUCAACCCGGAAGCAGAGCAGGUCAACAUGGUACAUAAAGAAGCACAAGGUCUGGUCAAGCCGCAGGCAGAGCAGGUCAACAUUGCUGAGCAAAAAACACCACUCGCGGGAAAUAAAGCCUCCGAACAUCAUAUCUCUGCUACACAAUCUUCGUCCAAGCCAAACUUUGAGCAGCAGAAUAGGCAGUCGACGGCUGGUCCAUCACAAAGGAGAAACAAUAGUCCGGGUAAAGCCACAAGAGACAGAAUGAAAGCGAGGGGGCAGUUUCGUUACACAGCGCCGCACAAUAUUCAAUACCAUGGCUAUAAUACCCAAUAUCAUGGCUAUAAUACCCAAUACCAUGGCUAUAAUACCCAAUACCAUGGCUAUGUGCCCAGAAAUUAA